GCAGGGGAGAGAGAGACAGAGCGCGCGCGUACAGAAGAGUGGGGGAUAAAGGCCCAGAUACAUAGUCCGAAAGGCCCAACCCAGAGCUUCCAGAUUUGGGGCGUGAUUUGCAGAGAGAAUCGAAGCACGACGAAGAAGAAAAAGAAGAACCGAGGAAGAAAGAAAAUAAAUUAUAAAAUUUCCAAUCAAGGCCUCCUUCUAUCCCAAUCUAAAGGAGGCCUUGGGUUGGUCGGACUACUAAAUUUACUGCUUUUCCCGGUUGAAUUCGGGAGAAAUGUUGGAAGGUCAGUCCUGUCUGAUUUCGAGGGCGUUGCCGAGCUCGUGUGAGCAAGAGAGUAAGUGGGUUUACAUGACUUACCGUCUUAUUGAGAUGUCAAAUGGUAAGCGUCGUUUAGAAGAUGAUGGGGAUGAUGAACAUGGAGACAGAAAGUCAUCCAAGCGACUUGAUGCGCUUGACAAAGAGGUAACGAUCCAAACUCCGCAGGAUCUUUCCUCGUCUCCCGCGGAUGAAUCCAGUAACAAGGGUAACCAUGAGGAUCAAUCAGAUUUAAAUUCCCUCAUACAGCCCAUUGGACGGGAUAUGUCAAUCAACUGUCUGCUUCGCUGUUCAAGGUCUGAUUACGGUUUGGUUGCCUCUCUCAAUCGGAGCUUCCGGUCUCUAGUUCGAAGUGGGGAGCUUUAUAGGUUGAGGCGGAUGAAUGGUGUGAUCGAACAUUGGGUCUAUUUUGCAUGCCACCUCCUUGAGUGGGAAGCCUUCGAUCCCAUUCGCCGUCGUUGGAUGCAUUUGCCAAGGAUGCCUGCAAAUGAAUGCUUCAUGUGUUCUGAUAAGGAGUCCCUGGCCGUGGGAACGGAGCUUCUCGUGUUUGGGAAGGAGGUUAGAUCUCAUGUGAUAUACAAUGUGAUAUACAGAUACAGUAUUUUGACAAAUUCUUGGUCAGCCGGCAUGAGGAUGAACGCGCCUAGAUGCUUGUUCGGGUCUGCCAGCCUUGGGGAGAUUGCUAUUCUUGCAGGAGGUUGUGAUUCAGAAGGGAACAUCUUGAGUUCAGCUGAGCUUUAUAAUUCAGAGACUGGAACUUGGGUGACUCUCCCAAGCAUGAAUAAGCCGAGGAAGAUGUGUUCUGGGGUAUUUAUGGAUGGAAAGUUUUAUGUCAUUGGGGGAAGCAACCAAGAGAAAUCACUCACCUGUGGGGAGGUGUAUAAUUUAGAAACAAAGACUUGGACUGAGAUCCCUGACAUGUUCCCUGGACAAAACGGUGCAACUGGUGGAACCGCACCCCCUCUGGUUGCAGUUGUAAACAACGAGCUUUAUGCAGCUUAUUAUGCAGAGCAGGUGGUGAAGAAAUAUGCCAAGAACAGGAACUCAUGGGACAUAGUGGGGAGAUUGCCUGAGCGAGCAGUCUCAAUGAAUGGUUGGGGGCUUGCAUUUAGGGCAUGUGGAGAACGGCUUAUAGUUAUUGGUGGGCCAAGAGCUUUGGGCGGAGGAACCAUAGAACUCAAUUCAUGGUCUCCGAAAGACGGCCCACCACAAUGGGACCUCCUUGCUUGCAAGCCGUCAGGAAGCUUUGUCUAUAACUGUGCUGUGAUGGGGUGCUGAUGUGUCAGGUUUUGGCGACACCAUGUGUAUUCUAUGGUGCCUCACAUUGGAUGGGAUGUACAAGAUUGGUUAGUUCAAGGGGAUAAUAUUUCUGGCUAAUGGGUAAUUUCUACCAAUUUUCUUUUUUUUUUCUGGGAAAAUUUCAGAUUUAGCUCAAGAUUCAAUGGAAUGUUUUCUUGUAAGGAGGUCUUGAGUUCUCUUUUUCUUUGAUUCUUAUUUUAUUUCUUCAAUUGAAUUUGCAACUUCUACCCUUUCUGAUUCCAUGAGAGCUUUCAAAGGCUGGCAUCUUGUAGAACAGAAUAGGUUAAUAAUGAAGCUCCAAUUCAUUGGUAGGUUGUCAGGAAUA